AUGUCCACCUUCAUCAUCUCAUCCUCCGCCAUAACCCCUAUGGUGAGUGGACUUAACGGCUUAGCAUCACUCAACCUCACCUUCCACCUCUCCUUCGGACAACUCCUUCACUCUCGGUCAUCGUCGCUUACCUUCACUCACAUGCUUCACAAUCGAUACAGAUCAAAGGAGGAUCUCCUGGAGUACGUGGUGCAUCCUAAGCACGUUCGCGUCGUCAAAGAGAAUAAACCGAUCAUUGAUGGCAUCAUGGCCGUUGAUUGGAUGUUUAAUGGUGCUAGUUUCUCACCGAAGCCAGGGUCGGCGAUAAGAGUUACAUUUCUGAAGUUGAAGGGGAAUUUAGGGGAAAAUGAGAAAGCUAGGGCUAAUUUGGAGGCACUGGAUUCAAAUUCGGAAGGUGUGAACUCGCAUGAGGAGAAAGCCGGUGAUUCCAUAAAGAGCGUGGUGGUUGUUGAUUACCUGAUUCCACCUCCGCAGGUGGCUAACCUCUAA